CAGAAAAGUGGAUAUAGUGAAGGAUUCCUCGUUUACCGAUAGCAACACUUGUUUUAAGGCUGUUUUAGCCGAAGCCAAAAGAAUGGGGAAGGGAGACGUGGUUCACCAUCCUAUUAUCUCAGACACCGACUUGAAAUCAUUGUAUACAAGUAUGCAUCUGUCUAUCAAUACACCACAGGGUCUCUUCAAUAAAGUGCAGUUUGACAUCCGAAUGUUUUUCUGCAGGCGGGGGAAUGAAAACAUACAUAACAUGACCAAAAAUAUGUUCCGAGUUGAAACUGACGAGGACACUGGUCGAAAAGUCGUGAAAAAAGUCGUUGAUGAAUUAACUAAAAACCAUCGUUUGGACAAAGAAACUUCUUCUGGAAUUAUGCCAGAAAUUAAAGGAUCAAUCUACUGUCCAGUUUUGUCCUUCGAGAUGUACUUAUCAAAGCUCCAUCCAGAAUGUGACAGGCUAUGGCAGCGACCAAAAGAGAGUUUUCUCGAAUCUGAUGCAGUGUGGUUCUGUAAUGUCCCUGUUGGUGAAAAGAAAUUGAGGAGUUUUCUCAGCUCCUUGAGCAAGGCUACUAACUUGUCAAAAGUAUAUACAAACCAUUCCAUAAGAGCAACUGGAGCAUCCAUUCUGUCCAAGUCUAUGUAUGGACCCUCACAAGUAAUGUCUGUCACUGGACACAAGUCCGUACAGAGUCUGAGUGUCUAUCAGCGAGUUAGUGAUGCAGAAAAAAUUCAGAUGGGUGAGUCUAUCAGCGGAAAUCUUGCACCAACAUCCAGCUUGCCAAUGUUACCAAUUACCAAGAGGCAUGCUAUUAUGGCUAAUUCAUCAUCUUCAUCAACGGUUUGUGAAACUCAAAUAGUGGAAUGCGAUCUAAGCGGGUGGCAAAUUGAUCAACUUUUCGCAGAUUUUGAAACGCAGAGUCCAGUUGAAGAGAAACGACCAUUCAGACCAAUAUUCUUCAGUAACUGCACCGUGAAUAUCGGUAACAUCAACGUUAACACAAAAUAGUUCAGAAAAAAAAAUGCAGAGAUUGGAGUGGUUUUAAUUGUUUAUUAUUAAAUGUUUAAAAUAUUUUAUUGUUGAAAAACUGUUUGUUACUGAUAUAAAGAUUGUUGAACUUUAUUUACUGUUGAAAAAAUAAAAAUGUGUGGAAUUUAAUUAUGUGAUCAACACUUCUUGCGA